CAUGGGAGAUCACAUGAUUGGAUCUGGCAUGCAGGCUCAAGUCCUGAAGCUCUGCUCUGCCACCAACCGCUGUGUGGCCUUGGAUAAAUUACUUGGCCUCUCUGAGCUUCGAAUUCUUCAUCUAUAAAGAGUGAAUAACAUAUUGUCAAACAGUAUCUCUAAAAGGGUGGGCCAUGGAAGGCCAUGGAUUGAUGCAUCAAAAUCACGUGGGGAGCUUGUUCAAAAUACCAACACUUAGGCUCCACCCUCAGAGAUUCUGACUCAGUAUAUCCAGAAACAGUCUAUGAAUCUGCAUAUUUAGUCACUGUCCCAAGAGAUUCUGAGGAAACCACAGAAUAUUUGUGGGCUAGAUCUAAAUCAGGAUUCCAGAUGAACUUAAGGAUGCUAGCAUGGGAUUCUUAGUUUUUCAAGAUCCAUACACACCAAACCCUUAAUCACCCCAACUCCAGUGUCCGGGCUUUCUCUGGUUUUGUGAAGACUGAGCAAAACUCUGAUGAUGGAAAAGCAAAGGACUUAAUUACUUGCUUUGAUAUCAUUUAACAUCAACUGAGAAGUGAACCAGACGGUAGUACAGCCAUGGAAAGAAAUUCAAGUUUAUGGAAGAACCUAAUAGAUGAACACCCAGUCUGCACCAUCUGGAAGCAAGAGGCCGAAGGAGCCAUCUAUCAUCUUGCCAGUAUUUUAUUUGUAGUAGGUUUCAUGGGUGGCAGUGGAUUCUUCGGGCUCCUUUACGUCUUCAGUUUGCUGGGGUUGGGUUUUCUCUGUUCUGCUAUCUGGGCUUGGGUAGAUGUCUGUGCAGCUGACAUAUUUUCCUGGAAUUUUAUAUUGUUUGUCAUCUGCUUCAUGCGGUUUGUUCACAUCGCCUAUCAAGUUCGCAGCAUAACCUUUGCGCGAGAAUUUCAGCUGUUGUACAGCUCGCUCUUCCAGCCUCUGGGGACCUCUUUGCCCGACUUCAGAACUAUUGCUAUGAGCUCAGAAGUGGUUACUUUGGAAAAGGAGCACUGUUAUGCCAUGCAGGGGAAAACCUCCAUUGACAAACUCUCCCUGCUUGUCUCAGGAAGGAUCAGAGUGACAGUUGAUGGCGAAUUUCUGCAUUACAUUUUCCCCUUCCAGUUCCUGGAUUCUCCUGAAUGGGACUCACUGAAACCCACAGAGGAAGGCAUUUUUCAGGUAACCCUCACAGCAGAAACUGAUUGUCGAUAUGUGUCCUGGAGGAGAAAGAAAUUAUACUUGCUCUUGGCUCAGCAUCGUUACAUCUCCCGCCUGUUUUCAGUUUUAAUUGGCAGUGACAUUGCAGAUAAACUCUAUGCCUUGAAUGACAGGGUAUAUAUAGGAAAAAGAUACCGUUAUGAUAUUCGGUUACCCAACUUCUAUCAAAUGUCAAGUCCUGAAAUGUCCAGAUCAACCCUGACAGAACAUUUUCAGAAUUCCAGACAUCGUGAUAAAUGACACCGAAGCCUGAAGUUUUAUAAUGAUAAAAGAAAGACUCUCUUCAUCACUCCCCGAAUGAAACAGCAAAAUACAGAAAAUUGAGCUCACUAAUAUUUUUAUAAAUCCAACUCAGAGGCGAGAUGCCAUUGCCAGCUGUUUCAUUCAUCUCAACGUGUGCAUUGUGAAUAAAUUUUACAAGUUUU